UCUUAAACUCCAUCUCUCUCUCUCUCAAUAAUAUGUGAUACCUCAUCUUAUUAAAAUUUAGAAAUAAAUUUAGCACUCUACUAGUAGUAUAUAGUGGAGACAAGAAGUCUGACGUAACAAAAAGGGCGCCUUUAUUCCUUGCUUUAACUAGUAUUUAAUUAGGAGAAAUAAAUUGCGCCUUUAUUCACGUCUUAAUUUCUUCAUGAAUCCAAAUCUUCACUCCAGAAAAGCUCAAGAAUAACGUGCUAGAAAUGACAGUUUUUUUUGAAGAAGCUCCUUUCUUAGAAGCUAAACCGGCAUUCCUCAAAGUCUAAUGCAAAUCAUGAACAAGUUUCCUAUAUACCCAAGAUAUGAAGCUGGGGACUAUUGUGGAUAUGAGUUUGAUCCUCAAUCAGAUUUUACGGAUUUCUUGACAGAAGUAAGAAAUCAUGAAUCAGAAGAGAAAAAAUUUGGUGUCACGCCUCCACGUCCUGUGGAAUUGGGAAAGAACAAUUUUGAAAAGGAUAUUAAGGAAACUUGCAGGAAAUCAUGGAAAAGAUCACUGUUUUCAUGGCUGAAGAAUAAGAAGAAUCAGAGAAACAGAGAACCUUUAAAAGGAUCCACCAUUAACAAGCCAAAGCGUGGAUGUGUUUCGGGUCCAAUGACAGGGAUUAGUGGGCCGGGUGCUAUAGCUGUCAGGCCCAAAAAGCCCACUUCAGGGCCCCUCACAAAUUUUUUCAGUCCAAUGAACAGAGGGGACAAUGAAAUACCAUAUCUCUGUCUUCAGAAGUUUAAGAAUAGUUCUCCUGAUGUUCGAUCCCACGGACCUAUUUACCUCGUAACCUAGGAAGUUUGUUUGUGAUUUUUUAGCGGUGCAAAGGAUAUUUUUGUUUGACAAAGUAUCAGGAAAAUCAAAGCACAUUCGUAAGUAGAAUUCAUAUGCAAUA